AGGGCGGAUCUCUCUGGAUGCAGAGAAGGGUGAAUUAAAAUAUUGGGACUUGAUGGAUGAUGGGACUUGGAAUCAGGGAUGGUCGACAUACCAAGGUCAGUGCACUGGGUAUGGUAUCUGCGGGGCAAAUGGAUUGUGCAAUGCAAAUGAUUUGUGCAGUUGUAUUGAGGGUUUUAAGCCCAAGCGUGACUCUGAUCAAGGUUGGUGGUCAAGUGGGUGUUCUCGGCGAAGGCCCCUGCAAUGCUCUGUCACAGAGGGCACCACCGACGCCUUCUUGGAAUCCAAGAACCGAAACUUGCCCGAAAAAGAAUCUGUCUCAUACAACAACGAGUCAACAAAUAUGCAAGGCUGCAGAACUGCUUGUCUCAACAAUUGCUCCUGUACAGCCUUUGCUUUCGAUAUCUCUGAUCUACCGGUCUGUAGACUCUGGUUUGGGGAUUUAUUCAAAAUGCGUGUUUCAUCUGACAGCCAAUCCGUUUUCAUUAGGCUGGCUGCUUCUGAGUUGCUGCACUCGACAUCAGAGAGAAGCAGGAAAGCUCCUCCACUUUACAUAUUAUUUCCUUCUCUUGCGGCCGCUUGCUGUGUUGUUUUAUCUCUCCUCAUGGCCACAUUUAUUUUGUGGAAACGUCGAAGAGAGCGGAAGAAAAGCGUACAAGAGGACAUGCCAGUCAUGCUCAAAACGUUCACUUACAAAGAGCUGCGAAUUGCAACCGAGAAUUUCAAGCAUAAGCUGGGAAGUGGUGCGUUCGGCUCUGUGUUCAAAGGAAUUCUGCCGGACAGCACGCUUGUGGCGGUUAAGAGAUUAGAGGGUCCCGCAAGAGCAGAAAAACAAUUCCGUGCGGAAAUAAACACCGUCGGGAGAAUUCAACAUGUGAAUUUGGUAAGGCUCUGUGGAUUCUGCGCAGAAGGGUCUGGAAGGCUACUUGUGUAUGACUACAUGCCCAAUGGCUCUCUAAAUUCCUCUCUCUUCUGUGAAGAGGAAGAAGCAGAGAAGGUGCUGGAUUGGAAGACCCGUUUUGAGAUCGCACUGGGCACUGCACGAGGAUUAGUUUAUCUCCAUGAGGAAUGCAGGGAUCGCAUCAUUCACUGCGAUAUUAAGCCUGAAAACAUUCUUCUGGACGAAAACUUCAGCCCGAAGUUAGCUGAUUUUGGGUUGGCAAAAAUGGUGGGCAGAGAUUUUAGUCGUGUAUUGACGACCACAAGAGGAACUCGAGGUUACUUGGCCCCAGAGUGGAUCUCCGGCCUUCCUAUCACUCCCAAGGUGGACGUAUACAGUUUUGGAAUGACAUUACUGGAGAUUAUAUCCGGUCGUAGAAAUUUAGACUUGAAGGUGGAGGAGAGCAGGUUCUACUUUCCCACCUGGGCUUCAUCUCAAAUUCAGAUGGGCAAUAUAAUGGGCAUUGUGGAUGCAAAGAUAGCAAGUGAGGCGAAUAUUGAAGAGGUGAGAAGAGCUGCUGUGGUUGGGGGACUGUGCAUUCAAGACGAUGAGAAUCAGAGGCCGAGCAUGGAUAAAGUGGUGAAUAUGUUGGAAGGGAAGAUGGAGACUCCUCUGCCACAAAUUCCGAGGUCUCUACAAGUGCUGGUAGAUCAGGUUACAGACGAGGACAAUGAUACCUUUGCUCAACAUCCUUCCAUAUCAACCGGUUCUGCGUCUUUAUAACAAUGGUUUUCGCUGGAUCUAAAUCAUACUUAUUAGAUAGAUUUUUCUCCCGUUUCGGGAUAGCUUUAUAGUAAUGGUAGAUCUUUGUAGGCUUUGCUUUAAAGUUCUUAUAAUCAAGUAUAAAUUAUACAGUAUAUAGAAUGGUUGAAUGGUGAAGAAGGGUUUCAGGCUUUGAGACGAUGUUUUCUUCUAAAUUUUUGGAAAUAAUGUUUUAAAUUUUCUUUAAUCAAAUGGGUACUAGCAGAACCUCAUAAUUGUUAUGUUGAGAUUUGUCAAAGAUAAAC